AUGCUACUCCUACGACGAGGACCAUGUCUGCUGUCCUCGAGCUUUCGGUGCGGUAGCUUGUCAACCAACUUCAUCCGGCGCAAUUCCUCCUUUCCAUCCAACCAAUUCGCCCAACUCGCCAGUCGCGACGCCUCAAAACACCAAAUAUACCAAUCGCUCUCCUCAGACCCCUACGUGAACCUCUCUAUUGAACAUUUCCUCCUUGAAAAUGCUCCUGCAGACUCGAGUAUCCUUUUCCUCUACAUAAACCGCCCCUGCGUCGUUAUCGGACGCAACCAGAACCCAUGGCUCGAAACCAACCUGCGCGCGAUUCAAAAUGACCGGGUGAAGGAUCCAGAAGGGAUCAAUCAGAAUGGCGAAGACGUGCUAUAUGUUCGACGAAGGUCCGGUGGGGGCGCAGUGUAUCAUGAUGAAGGGAAUCUGAACUACAGUGUCAUUUCACCGCGAACGACGUUUACACGCAACAAGCAUGCGGAGAUGGUAGUGCGCGCUCUGCAUCGUAUCGGGGCAACGAAUACCGGUGUCAAUGAUCGCCAUGACAUAGUCAUGUCGCUGCCGCAGGAGCUGCAGCAGUUAAUGGGCGGGAAUCCAACUGGUUUUGAUCCAGCUACACCAAGGAAGAUCUCUGGUUCAGCGUUCAAGUUGACCAGGAACCGAGCCCUGCAUCACGGAACUUGCCUGUUGGAUUCUCCAAACAUUGCGGAUCUUGGCUCGUUCUUACGGUCACCCGCGCGGAACUAUAUCAAAGCUAAGGGCGUUGAAAGUGUUCGGUCGCCGGUUGCGAAUGUCUCGACGAUGUUUGCCGAUGCUCUUAUGCCAUUUUCAAUCCAGGGGACAAUUGAGAUCAUCAUGGAGGAGUUUGCACAAUUAUAUAAUGUCAGUUCCGAGGCUGUCCCUCGGGCUACGCGGGCUCACGCAAAUGAUUUGGAGCUACACGCGGGUCACGAUUGGGUUGCGGGGGCUGUAGGAGAGGAUCAGGCUGAAGAGCCUGAUAUCAAGAAGGGAAUUGACGAGCUGCGUUCGCUGGAUUGGAAAUACAUCCAAACACCGCAGUUCACCUUUUCAACAUACCCUAUCGAAGAAGAUCCCCGGGAGAGACCACCACUGCCACCCUCUCUCCCUUUUUAUACACGCGCAUUCCUCCGCUGCAAACAUGGCGCGAUAAUCGAAAGCCACAUCUCGGUCUCACCAGAUGAGACCGUCGCAUCCGAGCAGGCUCGCCAAGUGCGUGAAGCACUUAAUGGCCGCAAACUGCACGAACUCCAGUUAGAAGAUUUGCAUGAGGCCCUUGGCCGGGUAAGUCCGGCUAUGGGUUCUAAUCUCGUACGAGAACUUGCGAUGUUUCUUGGGAGGAAUUUGGGCUGUUAUUGA